CUCUGUGCCCCUGUCUGGACGGUGUGGAGCAGGCUGCAGGCCCAUUCUUACCAGACAGCAGAUCUGCCGCCUACUAGCGGCCAUAGCUACACUCGUCAGUUCAGUACGUGUCGCUGAGCUCCAGAAGGAAGGGCUGUUAUUGAACCCAGCUGAAUAAUUCCGUACCAGCCGUGAGGAGGACAAUAUGCCGGCAGUGGAUAAGCUGCUGUUGGAGGAGGCAUUGCUAGACAGCCCCCAGACGCGCUCCCUCCUGAGUGUUUUUGAAGAAGAUGCUGGAACACUAACAGAUUAUACAAAUCAGCUGCUUCAGACUAUGCAGAGAGUUUAUGGGGCCCAGAAUGAAAUGUGUUUGGCUACCCAACAAUUGUCCAGCCAACUUCUUGCAUAUGAAAAACAGAAUUUUGCCCUGGGAAAAGGAGAUGAAGAAGCCAUAUCAACUCUACAAUAUUUUGCAAAUGUGGUAAAUGAGCUCAAUGUCCUUCAUACAGAACUAGCAAAGCAGCUGGCAGACAGCAUGGUGCUGCCCUUGAUACAAUUCCGGGAAAAGGACCUCACAGAAGUAAGCACAUUAAAAGAUCUCUUUCUUCUUGCUAGCAAUGAGCAUGACCUGUCAAUGGCAAAGUACAGCAGACUGCCCAAAAAGAGAGAGAAUGAAAAGCUAAAAACUGAGAUUGCAAAAGAAGUUGCUGGCGCUAGAAGGAAGCAACACCUCUCUUCAUUGCAGUACUACUGUGCCUUAAAUGCUCUGCAGUACAGGAAGAGGACAGCAAUGCUGGAUCCUAUUCUUGGGUACACACAGGGACAGAUUGAUUUUCUGAAAAAAGGAUAUGAAACGUUUUCCAAAAAAAUGGAUGGUUUUCUAGCUUCUGUGUCAAGCAUGAUUCAACGAGUACACGGAGAAUUGGAUGCUGAAGCAGAGGCUAUGAGGAUUACGCAACAAGAGCUACUUUGUGGUAGUGAUGCUGUGUAUACACCAGACUAUGAUGUGUCAUCCCCAGUUAUCAACCGAAACCUAAUCCAAAAGGCUGGCUAUCUAAACAUGAGAAGCAAAACUGGUUUAGUUACCACAACAUGGGAGCGACUGUAUUUCUUUACACAAGGGGGUAACCUAAUGUGCCAGCACCGUGGUGAAGUGGCUGGGGGUCUGAUUCAAGACCUAGACAAUUGUUCAGUCAUGGCAGUGGACUGUGAGGACAGACGAUAUUGUUUUCAAAUCACCUCGCCCAAUGGCAAAUCGAGUCUCAUUCUCCAAGCAGAAGGAAAACGGGAAUAUGAAGAGUGGAUUUCUGCAAUCAACAAUAUUUCAAGGCAAAUCUACCUUUCUGAGAAUCCUGAGGCUGUAGCCAUAAGACUUAAUCAGACAGCUCAGCAGGCUGUAACUCCUAUCACCAGUUUUGACAGAAAACUCGAAAACGUUCCACAAAGCGAAAGCGUCAUGCGGACUGUAUCCCCCAAUGAAUCAUUGUCUGAGCAAGCCACCAGGGAACCAGAGCUUGAACAGUUAAUAGCUCCUGGAACCCCCAUACAGUUUGACAUUGUCCUACCGGCCACUGAAUUCCAGGACCAAAAUAGAGGCAGCCGACGUACGAAUCCAUUUGGGGAAUCUGACGAUAAACUUGACAAUUCUACAGAUGAAGGUUUACUUUUGCAGCAGGUGUUUGUAGUUCGCUUUUUAGGCUCAAUGGCAGUAAAAACGGACCGUACCAACCAGGUUAUCUUUGAAGCAAUGAGACAGGUCUUGGCUGCGCGAGCCAUUCAUAAUAUAUUUCGAAUGACAGAAUCCCACUUGAUGGUAACCAGCAAAAGCAUAAGAUUUAUAGAUCCACAAACACAAGUUAUAAGGAUAAGUUUUGGUCUUGAAAACAUAACACAAUUUGCUGCCCAUCUAGAGAACAAGCGUUUAGUAGGAUUUGUUGUUUGCACUCCUGAAGCAUCUGGAGACCAAUCCUUGAGUGCCUAUGUCCUGGAAAGUAACACGGAGGGUGAAAAGAUAUGUGUUGCCAUCAGCCUGGGAAAAGAAAUUGCUGCUGCGGAGAAGGAUCCAGAAGCACUGGCACAACUCAUGUCAUCAGUUCCACUAUCAAAUGACGGCAAGUUUGUUCUUUUGACUGUGCAGUCACAGGAUGAUCCGGAUAGUGUGUCAUGCACUGAAGGAGUGGAAUCUGAAGCAUGACAUAACUCUCCAUUUGUUUGCAAAUUUGCAAGUACUUUGCAUGAUAGGCCUGAUUGGUGAAACGUUCUUGAACAUGCAUUCAAAAAGUCUUCAGAUCCUUUCACGUUAUUAUGUUGCAACCUUGUGUUAAAAUAAUAAAAAAAAUAAUAAUCAAGUUUUUCCCCACCAAUCUGUACUCAAUACCCCAUAAUGAGAAAGUGGAAACAAAAUGUUAGAAAUCUUUGCUAAUAUAUUUAAAAGGAAAAACUUAAGUAUUGUAUUGUCAUAAGUAUUCAGACCCUUUACUAAUACACUUGAAAUUUAGCUCUGGAGGCCUCCCAUUUCACUUGUUCAUCUUAGAGAUGUUUACACACCUAGAAAGGACUCCACCUGUGUUAAAUUCAGUUGAUUGGGCAUGAUUUGGAGAGACUCUCUAUUUAAGGUUCACAGCAAAAACCAAGCCAUGAGGAGAGAACUGCUUGUAGAGCCCAGAGACAUGAUCUUGGGGAGGCACAGACUUGGAGAAGGGACCAAAAAAAAUUCUGCUGCACUGAAAGUUCCCAAGAGCACAAUUGCCUCCAUAGCUCUUAAAUGGAAGAAGUUUGAAACAACCAGGAUUUUUCUUAGAGCUGGCCACCACAUCAAACUAAGUAAUCGAGGGGAAAGGGACUUAGUAAGAGAUGUGACCAAGAAACAAAUGCUCACUCUGAGCUCCAGAGAUCCUGCAUGCAGAUGGGAGAAACUUCUAGAAGUGCAACAAUCACUGCACUAGGCUUUUUGCA